UGGCUCAAUGCUAGCCUGGGCCGGGGCCGGGGCCGACCUGAAGACUCGUUAGUUAGAGGAUUCCCCGGCCAUGGGAGAGAACAAAUUAUUUGUCGGCUCCCUGCCGCCAGACAUCACCAAAGAGGAGAUAGAGAUUGUCUUCAAGACCUAUGGCGAUGUGACAGAUGUGCACGUGAUCGCUGGCGACAGAAACAGAUCUGCUACUGGGCAGGCUUGUGCUUUCGUGACCUAUGGAGGCAGAGAAGGCGCGGAGACGGCGAUCCAGGUUUUGAAUGGAGUCUACAAGAUCCGUGAGGAAGCCCCGAAUGCGAUUCAGGUGAACUGGGCCAGAUCAGCCAAAGGCAAAGGCGCAGGCGCAGGUUGGAAUGGCAAGGGCAACGGCGGCUGCUUCGGUGGCUGCGGUGGAUGUGACGGCUGCGGGUAUGGGGGCGGCGGCUGCGGCUGCGGCGGCUGUGGCGGCUGCGGCGGCUGCGGCGGCUGUGGCGGCUAUGGUGGCUGCGGCUGCGGAGGAGGUGGUUGCGGCGGCUGCGGCGGCUGUGGCUACGGCGGUGGUUGUGGUGGCUGUGGUUGUGGUGGCUGCGGAUGUGGAGGCUACGGUUGUGGUGGCUGUGGCGGUGGCUGUGGCGGCUGUGGCGGUGGCUGCGGCGGUGGCUGCGGUUGCGGCGGCUAUGGCGGUGGCUACGGUGGUGGCGGCUACGGUGGCUGCGGCAAGGGCGGCGGGGGCGAUUGGGAGAAGGGCGGCGGUGGGCCAGCUGGCACCCGGCUCUUCGUGGGCAACCUGCCCCCCGACAUCUCGGAGGAUGCGCUGCAGUACGUCUUUAAAGCCUACGGCACCGUGACGAAGACCUUCAUCAUGUCCGGCAAGUCCAAGAGCGGCCAACACUGCGCCUUCGUAGAAUACGAGACGCCAGAUCAGGCAGACACUGCAGUUCAGACACUGCACGAGAAGUAUGAAAUCAAGCCAGGUGCGGGCGUGAUCUUGGUGAAGAAGGCCAAGAGUACUCGGCCCGCCCCCUACUGAGCCCAAAGUGCCUGGACUGCCGCUUUGGGUCAAAGAUUUUUG